AUGAAGUGGUGGUUCUCAGUGUCUAUGAGAGAGCCUCUGAUCAGGGUGGGUCCCCGAACACAAUCUAGCUCCACAGUGAGAGCCUAUCAAACCAGUAAAUCUCGAGUGACCAUGAGCCCUGGCUUCAGCUCCCAAUGGAACAGCAGCCAACCAGCCUGGAAUACAUACUCCUUUCCAAGAGCAAGCUUGCACUAUCAAUCCCACGCCAGCUAUACCUACUGUACUGGACACCCUGCUCAGUCCUAUGCACCAGCUCCCCACCCCAUGGCUCCUCCCAGCCCCAGCACAAACAGCAGCAGCAACCACAGCAGCAGCAACAGCAGCGGGGAACAGUUGAGUAAAACCAACCUGUACAUUCGAGGCCUCCCACCAGGCACCACUGACCAGGACCUAAUCAAGCUGUGCCAACCGUAUGGAAAAAUCGUAUCCACAAAGGCAAUCCUUGACAAAAACACAAAUCAGUGCAAAGGGUAUGGUUUUGUAGAUUUCGACAGCCCAGCAGCCGCACAGAAAGCAGUAGCGUCUCUCAAGGCAAAUGGCGUGCAGGCACAGAUGGCCAAGCAACAAGAGCAAGACCCAACAAACCUAUACAUCUCAAAUCUCCCCAUUUCUAUGGAUGAGCAGGAACUUGAGAAUAUGCUGAAACCCUUUGGACAUGUCAUUUCCACGAGAAUACUAAGAGAUGCUAAUGGAGUCAGCAGAGGCGUUGGCUUUGCCAGAAUGGAGUCUACUGAAAAAUGUGAAGUGGUAAUUCAACAUUUUAAUGGAAAAUAUCUGAAAACACCACCAGGAAUCCCAGCCCCUAGUGAGCCUUUACUGUGCAAAUUCGCUGAUGGAGGACAAAAGAAGCGACAGAAUCAAAGUAAAUACACCCAGAAUGGAAGGCCUUGGCCCAGGGAAGGAGAGGCUGGCAUGGCCCUGACCUAUGACCCCACAGCUGCCAUACAGAAUGGAUUUUAUUCUUCACCGUACAGUAUUGCAACCAACCGCAUGAUUCCACAGACAUCCAUCACGCCAUUCAUUGCUGCUUCCCCUGUCUCCACAUAUCAGGUCCAGAGUACUUCAUGGAUGCCUCAUCCGCCAUACGUUAUGCAACCAACAGGUGCUGUGAUUACGCCAGCGAUGGACCAUCCGAUGUCAAUGCAGCCAGCAAACAUGAUGGGCCCCCUGACACAACAGAUGAACCACCUUUCGUUGGGUACCACAGGAACGUACAUGACUGCCGCGGCUCCUAUGCAAGGGACCUACAUCCCCCAGUACACGCCUGUGCCUCCGACAGCUGUUUCCAUUGAAGGUGUUGUGGCUGAUACCUCUCCCCAGACAGUGGCACCUUCGUCCCAGGACACGAGUGGUCAGCAGCAGCAGAUAGCAGUGGACACAGCCAGCGAGCAUGCAUCUGCAUAUUCCUACCAACAGUCCAAACCAUAA